AUGUCCUCCGCGCGCGUGUCCGCGAAGGAUGUCGCGUCCCACAGGCCCGCCACGGCCCGGCCCCGCAGCACGGUGCGCGCCAGCGCCGCCGCAGCGCCGCCGUCCCUGAGCCUCAAGUACAACAAGCUCGGUUCCAGCGAUCUCCUCGUCUCCGACGUCACGCUCGGCACGAUGACGUUCGGCCAGCAGAACACCGAGAAAGAGGCCCACGAGCAGCUUUCCUACGCCGCCGACAUCGGAGUCAAUCUCUUCGACACCGCCGAGAUCUACCCCAUCGUCCCCGCGGCCGAGACGCAGGGCCGCACGUCCGAGUACAUCGGCUCCUGGCUCGCGUCCUCCGGCGCCCCGGCACGCGACAGCGUCUACAUUGCUACCAAGGUUGCCGGGCGCUCGACCGGCCUCGCCUGGGUGCCCGCGAACCGCACGGUGCCGCGCGGCGAGGAGCGGAACCCGCGCGUCGACGCGGCGUCGAUCGUCGCGGCCGCCGAGGCCGAGCUGCGGCGCCUGCGCACGGACUACCUUGACCUGCUCCAGAUUCACUGGCCGGACCGGUACGCGCCGCUCUUCGGGCGGAACCGCUACGAGAUCGGCGAGGCGUGGGAGGACGCGGUGUCCUUCGAAGAGCAGGCCGAGGCGAUGGGGAAGCUGGUGCGUGAGGGCAAGAUUAGGCACUGGGGGUUGUCGAAUGAGACGAGCUUCGGGGUGAUGCGGCACUGCCAGGCGGCGGACGCGGUCGGGGCGCCGCGGCCAGUGAGCGUGCAGAACCAGUUCAGUCUGGUGUACCGGACGUACGAGACGGAGAUGGCGGAGACGUGCGCGCCGCACAACUGCGACGUCGGCCUGCUGCCGUGGAGCGUGCUUGCGGGGGGCGCGCUGACGGGCAAGUACCUGGAGAACCAGGACGUGCCGGGACGCAUGAGCAUCUGGCCCAAGCGCUACGCGCGCUUCCAGCGUCCGGAGGUCAAGGCGGCGAUCGAGAAGUACGUGAAGAUCGCCAAGGACGCGGGGCUGACGCCGGCCCAGCUCAGCUACGCGUGGUGCCGCAGCCGGUGGUACGUGCCCACGACCAUCAUCGGCGCCACCACGAUGGAGCAGCUCAAGGAGAACAUGGUGGCCUUUUCGGUGGACCUGGACGCCGAGGUCCUCGAGGCGAUCGACGCGGUGCACCGCGAGAACCGCAACGUGUCGCUCCAGGACUGA